CACACACACCCACACACACACACGCCUUCUCAAAUACAUAACCACGAAUACACGCGCUCGCGCGCACAUACGCACGCGCACGCUCUGUGACACAUCCCUCCAGUUCCCAACUGCGCUGCCUUCACAUGCGUCCCCCCCGACUCUCUCUGCGUAGCGCCGGCUGCGCCAAGAUGAGCGUGGUCUCCUCGGUACCAUCCGAACGGUACCAGCACGCCGCCUGACCGAGCCGGAGCCACACCGAGGCGCAGAGGGAGAGGGAGGAACACCGUCUCUCCUCUGUUAAAAAAAAGAAAAAAGAGAAAAAAAAAGGAGAAAAAGGAGAAAACCUAAAGGACACCGCGAGGCGCAACGCGUUUGUUGUUUCGGCAUCCUUCCUCACCCCUCCUCCUCUUCCUCCGCUCCUCUCCUCCCCGCAGCCUCCGUUGUUACCGGUCAGUCGGUGUGAAGGUGAAGGAGAAACCCGGGGAUCCCGGCCCCGCGUUUUGGUGGAAUAACAUCUGUUUUUUUUUUUUUUUUGUUGUUGUUGUUCUUUUUUGACAGGGGGGGGAGAGAAGGAUAUUUUUGUCCCCCCCUUUUUUUCUUUUUUUUUUUUUUUUCUCCCGCUGGGUGUUGGGAGCGAGCGCGCAGCUGCUGUGCGCCCGUUCAGAUUCCCCCCCGAAUGGUGGAUUUGGCAAACAUGGAGACAGUGGAGAAGGAAUGCGGGGCCCUCGGGGGUCUAUUCCAGGCGAUAGUGAACGAUAUGAAGUGCUCCUAUCCUGUGUGGGAGGACUUCAGUGCCAAGGCCACCAAGCUGCAUUCCCAGCUCCGAACCACUGUUCUGGCUGCUGUGUCCUUCCUGGAUGCCUUUCAGAAAGUGGCAGACAUGGCUACCAACACUAGAGGGGCGACCAGAGACAUCGGCUCAGCUCUUACCAGGAUGUGCAUGAGACAUCGCAGCAUCGAAGCCAAACUUCGCCAGUUCACGAAUGCUCUGAUGGAGAGUCUGAUCACUCCUCUCCAGGAUAAGAUUGAAGACUGGAAGAAGACUGCCAACCAGCUGGAUAAGGACCAUGCCAAAGAGUACAAGAGGUCACGCCACGAGAUCAAGAAGAAGUCAUCUGACACCAUCAAGUUGCAGAAGAAGGCUCGUAAAGAGAUGCAGGGGCGAGGUGACCUGCAGCCGCAGCUGGACAGCGCCAUGCAGGAUGUGACCGACAUGUGUCUGCUGAUGGAGGAGACGGAGAAGCAGGCUGUGCGCCGCGCCCUGGUGGAGGAGAGGGGGCGCUUCUGCACCUUCAUCGGCUUCCUUCAGCCUGUGGUGAACGGAGAGAUCGCCAUGCUGGGAGAGAUCACCCACCUCCAGGCCAUCAUCGAUGACCUCACCGUGCUGACCACCGACCCCCACAAACUGCCCCCUGCCAGCGAACAGGUGAUCAAGGAUCUGAAGGGCUCCGAUUACAGCUGGUCCUACCAGACCCCCCCGUCGUCCCCAAGCAGCUCUGGCUCACGCAAGAGCAGCAUGUGCAGCAGCGUCAACAGCGCCCACAGCAGCGCCUCCCGUUCGUCGGGGGGAGGUGCAGGUGUGGGUAGUGGUGGAGGAGGGUCCCAGCCACACUCACCUUCCUCCUCCUCCUCCUAUCGCUACCGCAGCAGCAUGCCUCAACAGCCUCCACCACCAGGGGGCAUUGCAGCCCACCGCCUCAGCAGCGUUUCCUCCCACGAUUCGGGCUUCGUGUCCCAAGAUGCAAACAUCUAUUCCAAGCCUCCCUCGCCAAUGCCCUCGGACAUCACCAGCCAGAAAUCCUCCAGCUCUGCAUCAUCAGAGGCUUCAGAAACAUGCCAGUCAGUCAGUGAAUGCAGCUCCCCCACCACUUUUGGCUCGUCCUUCGUUACCUUCCGCCCCGCUCUCUCUCACUCUGGCUCCACCAGGCCUCUCUCUGUCAUUCUUCCCGUUCCUGCGUCCCCACCCUAUAUCCGCCCCUCUGGAUCCAGCUCCUCCUCUCCCACAUCAAAGGUUCCCAUGUGGAAGGACUGGUCCAAAGCAGGUCAGUACGAGCAGCCCGUGGCCGCCGCUCCGGUCCAGAGGAGAAAGGAGCCGGUGGAUAGGCUGAGAGAGAGCGAGGGCUCGCCGGGUUCCCAGGGAUACGCGGCAGCGUCACACCCAGAAGAGGGCCAGAGACCCCGGAUGACACCUGCUAGCAUCGCUGCCAAGCACGGCGAGGAGGUUUCCCCGGCAGCCAGUGACCUGGCCAUGGUGCUGACCCGGGGCCUGAGCGUGGAGCAGCAGAAGAGCAGCCGCGACUCCCUGCAGUACUCCAGCGGCUACAGCACGGAGACCACAACCCCGUCCUGCUCCGAGGACACCAUCCCUUCACAAGGUUCAGAUUACGACUGCUACUCUGUAAAUGGAGACACCGAAGGCCCGGAUGGACAGGCAGAGUUUGACAAGUCUUCUACAAUUCCUCGCCAUUCCAACAUUGCCCAGAACUACAGGCGCAUGAUCCAGACCAAAAGGCCAGCCAGUACAGCUGGUCUGCCCAGUGGGGUCCUUGGUCCAGGAGUUCAUGGGAUACCAGGACAGCCAGGUGGCGCUGGUGGAGGAGGAGGAUCAGGGACUCCUGGCACCGCUACUAUCCGUCGAACCCCAUCAACCAAACCAGGGGUGCGGCGUACACUGUCCAGUGCAGGACCCAUCCCUAUCCGACCACCCAUUGUGCCUGUCAAAACACCCACUGUUCCCGCAGACUCACAUUCACCUGGUGCAAGUGGCUACGCGGGGGGAGGGCAAGCAGGCAGCGUCCCCGUCAGAGUGGGAAGUGAAGAGUGUGUGUUUUUCACCGGGGCCGAGGAUGGCCAAGGAGGGCUCGAUUAUGUGAAGGCAUCACCCAAGCGCCUCAGCCUGCCCAACACCGCCUGGGGCUCCGGGGCAGCGCUGGAGGUCUAUGCCCAGCAGCACUGCAUGGUGUCGGGCUCAGCAGCCGGAUCAGAGGAGGAGCAGAUGAUCGCGGCCAACCGACACAGCUUGGUGGAGAAGAUCGGCGAGUUGGUAGCGAGCGCACACGCCCUCGGUGAGGGUCAGUUCCCUUUCCCCGCUCUCCCAGAUGACCCGACCCCAACGCCAGGUGGCCCGAGCGAAACUCAGACGGAAGGGGCCGAGGGGUCCGGCGACAUGCUGACCACGAUCAGGAGAGGAGUUCGCCUUCGCAAAACGGUCUCCAACGACCGCUCAGCUCCCCGUAUAUUGUGAUCAGUGGAAAAAUGCGAAGGGUUGUCAGUCGAUAGGUCAGAUGUUGGUGUGGUAGUACCCAACCACCUAGUGAGUACACGAAAACAUAACCAUGUUAUAACCAUAACAUAACAGAGGAUGAAUAAAAACGAAAAAGAAAAUCCAUACAGAAAAUGUUUAAAGACACCUUUAGAGUAAAUGAUAUACAGUCUAAUAUAACGAUAACAUAAGUAAUCAUAACCGAUGCUGACGAGUACAAGUGAAAUACUUCAUGUUGACCUAGCAGGCCGCUAUAACUAUUGUGUGUUGAACGCAUGUUUGUCUUCUAUACACCGUCAGACAGGGACGGAGAGACUCAUAGGAAAAGUGAUUUUGAAAAUAAAUGGAGGCAAAGAAAGAAGAGCGCUGGGUUCUGUUCUGUUUGCCACCGAACCCGUCUCCCUGUCCUGUUGUCCGACUAACCCAGCUGACCGAUCCAACUUGAAAGACUGACGGAAGGGGGCUGCUGAGGACCAGAGAGAGACAGAGAGGUGGGGGACUCCGAUCGCCUCGCAAUCAACUGAAGCCAGGUCGUCUAGGCAACGACGCGCUGUGCCAAAAAGGCCAUCGAACUGCUUGGCACGAGUACGGGGAGCUAACAAACCAGAGGGCCACUCUGGUUCACGCUGAUGUAAAAAAAAAAAAACGUGUUGGCAUUGAGCCGUACUUGUUGCCCCUUCCCCUCUCUCUCUCUCUGUCUCUCUCUCUUUCUGCGUACAUUAGUAUGCAUCUUGGAAAAUGUAAAAUGGAGCGCGUGGGUAUAUGUGGUUGAUUGUGUGUGUGCGUGUGUGAGAGAGGGGAUGGGUAGAGCUCUGCUGCGGGACAGCCGGUUACCCAACGAGGGCAGGGCUUUUUUCUUUAUUCUUUUCUUUUUCUGCUGUGUCGUGUGCGUAUUUUCUCGUUUAUAUCGUGACGUCGUUUACCUUGUUACCACUGUAUGGGAAGUUCCAAGACCUAUUCCAGGCCUAUAGAUAUAUUCAUAUAUAUUUUCUAGAAGCAGAGAGAAAAAAAAAAUAACAAAAACAAACAAACAAAAAAAAAAAACGUGAAAUCAGAAAUGGAGCAAUAAAUGUGUUUUAUUUUCUCGUUUCGAGGAAGCGGUUGGAUUCGGAGGAUUGCAGAUUCUCCUUUGUCCCAUUCAGGCAAUCAUCAGGAAUGCUAAAUUACACAUCGACUGUGAAUUCAUGGGUUUUUCAUGCGCCUCUCUCUCUCUUUCUCUCUCUCUCUGUCCCAGUUUCUUUCUAUUAAAUGAAGUGGAUUACAAAAAAUUUGAAAACAGAAAAACUGUAAGCACUUUGAUGAGAGUAGAGUCUGUACAAUAGCCAGUAGAUGUUGCUGUAGUCAUGCCGUAUGUGUGGAAAGGUGCUGGAGGGGGAAGAGGAGUGAAAGCAGUGACUGUGUCCAAGGAGAUGAUUUAAUACAUUAAAGUAGAAGAAGGCAGUGAGAGGUAAAGAGGAUGUGAAGAAGACCGCUAGCACUGGAGUGAUUGGUUAAAUGAGAAAAUGUAUGAAUAUUUUCUGAAGAUGGAUCAGGUUUUAAGGCGGGAUGGGAAUGACAUUGAAGAGUUUGCCUGAACGAGUAUUUUAAGGGUUGAAGACAUACUGGGGGGAAAAAAUACAAUGUUUUGCUGAGUGAGAUGAUUUUUAAAAAAAAAUAUGUUUUAGGCCUAAAACAUCCAUAUGAGAUUUUUUUUUUUUUUUUUAUCAGUUUAGUUUUUUUUGUCUUUUACCUUAAAACUAGAUGUAAAUCUGACGACUUUUAAAAUAGAAAAAUACCUUCCGAAACUGUAAAGCACAUCGAGUGGAACAGUUAAAGCACCAUCUCAGGAAAGGCACGUCACUUUAUGUUUUUCAUUGAGUGCAAGUGAAAAGAAAUGGCCAAACUUGAUUGUAACUGGGUGGAAAUAAAACCUGAAAAAAGUUAAACAAGAGAGACAUUCAAAAUUCAGUUGAUCUCAUAUUGACACCAUAGAGAAGCUGCAGGACCUGACCUCUAGAAUGCCCACGGUUUUCCAUGAGCUCGCAAACACAACACAAAAAUAUCAGCUCAUUUGUGAGAAGCUGUAUAUAUAUUUUUUAAUACUGGAUGAAACACUUUGAACCAGCGCUAUCUUAAAACAGAACCUGGGUCACUUACGUUCCUCGAUGCUAAACACUGCAGUGUAAUUACGAGUAACUCUUAAAAAUGCCGUACUUCUGUCUGAAGUAAGGAUGAGCCUCUAAUUAUUCACACCCUUGGCAGAUUCAGAUUUCACAUUAGUUCCAUUCAACCAAAGAGUUUGUUUCUGAUAGAAAGUUAGACAGAAAUGUCUCAAAAGAUGACAGUUUUGAAUAAUUAAAUAUAUUUUAAUUUUAUAUAUAUAAAAAAAAGUGGUAUGAUUGCCAUGUACAAAGAUAUUCGACGUGGACACUGUUAUAGACACCAAGGUAUCAAGUGUUUAUGGUUUUAUUCUCUCUUCUCAACAUGUUAGCUGUGCUGUCAUUUGUUAGUAGGUACUUUGGGACAGCUACAUCACCAAUUAGAUGCAAAAGCAAUCUUUUAAAAUUAACUUUUGUUCUCACUGGAAGUAAUAUUAACAUUUUAUUAUGGCCCUGCCAGAGUCUCAACUUGAAUCUGAUAGAUCUUCUGUGGAGGGAGCAAAAGAUUAGGGUGAUGGUAAAGAGGCCUUCCAAUAUCAAACACUUGAAUCUCAUUUCCAAAGAUAAAUUUUUAAUGUACAAUUGGAAGCGUGAACAAAGCUGGUCAGAAGUCUUUGAAUGGCCGGACUGCUGUAUUUUUAAUAUCUUUUUUUUCUCCCACUGGCAAUUAAUAAGGCUAUGCCAUUUGUCAAUAAAAUAAAUAAAAAGAGAUUAGUUAUUCAAAAAUGGUACUUCUUUCACAUUGUUUUAUCUUUUCAGACUCCUGUAAACAAUGGUAGGCACACUUACGCUAAUGCGCUAAUAACAGAGCAAUUUUUUAAAGUUUGUUUAGCACUACAGCUAACUUUAAAAACAUUUAUCGCGUUUAGUUCCCUGAAGUAGUUUUUUAGAAUGAAAUUGGUGCUCCAGGGUUGUAGUCUGUCAAAGGCCAAUGUCAUUUGAAUUGAAGUUAGCACGUUAGCAUUAGCCUCUGCUACCGUGUUGGUGUAGUGCUGUAGUGGUAGCGAAACUGCAGUUUAUGAUUAGCGCGUAGGGUUAGCGCUCCUGGCUUUUUUGCUAGCCAUGCUCACAACUGUCUUACAUUUCCUAUAAGAAGAAAACUUUUGAUUAAAUAAAAAAAAGAGAUCUAAAUUAAACAGGGGUGUGAAUACUUUUGGGGUCAACUGUAUUGAAUGAGCCUUUUGUCAAAGCUAAGGAAUUGAAAAAAUUAUUUACUUUGCUAUUUUUUAUAAUUAAGAGUGCAAGAAAGUUGGCCAAAAUAUGUUCCAGAUGAGAUAUGAGAAAGCGUUCGCAUUGAGGUCCUCUCAUAGAAAUUCUCAGUGCUCAAUGGAAAAGAACAAACGUAAAGAAAGAAAACAAGCAAACAAACAAGGCACCCAGCACAGUUCAGCUUAGUUUUGUGCCAAUCCUUAGGUUAAGCUCAGGACAAAACAUUAUGUUAUUAUGUAAGGUUGAUCUUUUAGAUUUGAGAAUAGGUGGAGCCUGUUUGGGAGGAUAUGGUCGAGUCUUUUAAAGUUGACAGGAAGAGGGAAAGAUGUGUGGAAUGAGCAUUUCACUGCCUGUUCAUACGAUACGUAUGUAACUAUGUGCUGUACUUCUAAAAGAGAAUCCGGUGCACAGAUCUGGUGUAAAGGGAUGUUAGACAAUAUCUCAUUUGUUUACUUUAAAAAAAAAUGAUUUUCUUUUGCCUUCUACUGUUACUGUUGGAAUACUAGACCUUGCUUUAAUUAUUGUAAAAAUAGGAGGCGAAAAGUCCAGUUGUAACACAAACUAACUGAGCUGUGUGACAUAUGGAUGUAAGGCGCCGAGACUGAGUGUGUGUUUGGAUGUGUCCUUGGCUGGCUGUCGAUCUCUAGGCUAAUAAACUUUUCAUCACCAUGUCUGUACAUGUCUCCAGCAGUGAUCUGAACAUAAGCAUUAAUAUGAGCACUCUUAUUUUUUUAUCCUACGCAUUCAUUAGGUUCCUUUGCAUUUUGGAAAUUAACAUCAAAUAAUGCUUCCAGGAGGGUUUUUCUCCCUAUUGCUUUAAUUUUAAUGUCUUUGUCACAGUAUGGGUGUUUUUAUGCCACUUUACUGCUGUGAGGCAACUAAAUGAGAGAAUGAAGGCAAGAGCAGAUUGAUUCCAUUUACACAAAAUAUGUCAUUUUAGGCCAAAAUAUGUUGGUUUUUUUCUGUCUUUAGAUGAUCUGUCGCUACACAUCUAGAUGCGUAUGAUGAGAUAAAGGCCACAUCAGUCCCAGAGCUUCAGAGUUAAACUUUAAUAAGUGCCCAGUGGAAAUCAAAGACCAGCAAUUUAAGUUCCGUCUACCUGAAUUUCCAUUUACUAUGGUGUUUCACUGUGGGUUUGAUCCAUUAAAACACCACACCAUAAUUAUCAUUACCCUCUUAAAGUUCUUCCACAGAGUAUAGUUUGGAUUUGAACAUUUCUUAAAGCUCCUGCAAUAUCUGCUAAAUGUUUCCACCUGUCGUUCUUUGAGGGGUUAUUUUUAAAACCAUUUGGGGGGGAAAAAUAAUCCACAUAAAAAAAUAAUGUGUUACAUAAUUUAUUAGCUUUUUAUGAACUUACAAAUAACUCAUUCGCAAAACUGUUUUGAUUUUGUUAUUUUUCACAAGGACCUGGUUUAACAAGAGGAGCACUCACCUUCCCCCUGAAAUACUAAAUGAGGCGAGGUGAUCUAAUUUUACAGCUAAUUGACAAAUUAAUGCUCUAAAUAAUCUGAAAAAUAAAAUUGAAAGUAGAGCUGAGUGCACACAGCCUGGAUUCAUUAGGCUGUGUGCCAUGUUUAACUAACGGGCUAAACAGCCCUUUAGUUUAGCCCUGACAAGAAGCAAGUGUUGUUAGUUGCUAAUGGUUACCCAGUCUCGGUAUUCUUGCAGCGCUAGCAAAACAUUUGUAUAUUGUCUGUGAAGGAGGAAUAAACAACUUCAAUUCCAAUUAAAAGUACUAACAUGUUUCAGAAGAAACUGAUGCCACUUCAUAAUCGAUUUAGCUCUCAGAAUAAUAGUUUCAGAAAACAUAAAAACACAAUGAACAUUCAGUAGACUAGUGGGAUGGAGCAAGCUAGCCUAACUUCAUGCAGCUGCGGCACAUCUGGCACAACAGGGAGGUUCCAGCUCGGGCCUCUUCCAUUAUUAGAUUGGAAAUGUUGUAUUAUUAUUUUCAUUAUUUUCCUGAUCCAAUGAGUGUAAAAAAAAUUGAGCAGGGGAUUUAUCAACUACUGGCUGAAGAUUUCUUGACCUGUUAAAGCUUGUUUGGGGAAUUCACUGGCUUUUGUCUUUCCCUUGUGGCUAAUUUCUGCCUCUUUUUUAUCCUCUUCCCAUCAGAUUUUGCUGGCAGGCCGACUUAAUCGGUCACUUUCUUUCUAGUGUUUUGUUUUUUUUUUCUUUGAAUUAUCCAAAAUGCUGUCAGGAAUUAUUUAAAAGUAGUGCAGUGGGCUGGUCAACCCAACCAGCUGCGGGGUUUUUUCCCCCCCACUUUGUCAAACACAAUAUAGCUCAAGAACUACUUCCUCUAUUGCUUCAAAUUAAAAGUGUCAAAUAAAAUAGAACGCUCAUUUUACAUAAAAAAUAAAAUAAGCCUACUUAUCCAGAUGUUGUUAACUGGAUAAUGUUUACACAGCCAGACUUUGAUGACAGACAUGUUGGUGUAAUAUCGCAGGUUCUUAUUCCACAAGAUCUAAAUACACCCCUACCAGAAGGGAAUCCAAGAAAAUCAUGUUUUUUCUUUGAUGGGUUAUUUUGCGCUGACCUGUCUGUGUCAACAUGCUGAAUUGAUUUUUGCUCCAGUUUUGUCAUUUUCUGAGUCGCCAUGUAAAUAACAGCAAGCCAACCAGACGACGGUCAAAGCUACAUAGGAAGGAACAUAAAGGAAUAUUGUGCCAACAUGCAUGCUCCCACAUGGCCUCACACACUCAGCAUACACUCUCAAAAUGCUCUUAGCACUCUUUGGCAAGCUAAAGCAGGCGGAUGUGUUUCUUUUCUGCCAUGUUGAGGUCUUUCAUCCCGUAACCUCUCAUCAUUUCCUGAGCCCUCGUCUCCGUCCGUACAUCGGUUACACCCAGCAGACAAGUUAAAAAAACAAAAAAAAAACAGUGCUUGUCACGGUGGUUGACGGGAGAACCAAAACACCGUAGUUGGUGUAGAGACCGUAGUUGGUCUCUCUGUGCCUCUCAGUCUAUUAGAGCUAAUGAAAAAUAAUUCUGAUGAAGUCUUAAUUUCCACCUACGCCCGCUGCGGAUACUCGCUCUGUGCUCAGUUUAUUCUCCCCUCCUCAUUCAUUCCUCACCCAAAUCCCCUCUAUGUCUAUUAACUUCCUGUUGGUUUGCAUGUAUGCACAGGUGCAAAUUGUGGGGCUUGUGUGCUGCGGUGGCUAACGCGUCCUGGGUGGGCAGUUGUAUGAGUUGGAAUUGCUAACGGGGGUAACGGGGCUGGUGGAUGUGCUAACGGGAGCCUUUUUCCAGGCAAGCAGAUGGGCGCCCAACGCUCCAUCUCUAUGUUUUAAUUAAUUUUGAUCAGGCUUUUUGAGAUGUUUCUUGGCAGCAGAUCAAAAGCAACUUUAUAUGAUUUUUUCUUUUAUUGUUUUUUUUUUCCCGGUGAGGUUCCAUGCUAAAAAAAAAAAAAAAAACAACAAAAAACUCAAAAGUGCAAGCAGCAGCACAUGCUGCUAAACUCUGAGAAGCCUCAACGUCAACAUGCAUUAAAAUAUCUAUUUUUGACGGAUAAUUUGUCAUUUUAAUGAAUUAAAUUACAUUUUGUAAUCACUGGGUUAACCACCACUGGUUUUAGUUUACUUCACAUGUUGGCAUGGAAACUUUAAAUCGAUCUCCAACCAAAUCCAGCACUGAAACAUCCUGCAGGACCUGAAGUGAAUUGUUUAAUUUCAUUGAUCCUGGCCGUUAUAAAUACCUGCAAAUGAGAAAAACGGUCGCUCUCCCGAAACGUUCGAGUAAUGGAAAAAUGACUUCUAUCUGCCUCGUCCACGUGGUGAAAGAGAGACUGCUGCUAUAAAACCAUGUGACACCCAAAACUUAAUAAAAAAUUUAAAAAACUGCCACUUUGCUAACUAUAACAUAGGCUUGUCCUGAUCUCCUAGAUGUGGUUCCUACCUAAUGAGGGUAGAGUUGACCCAUAACCAGGAAACAAAUCAAAUUUGGUCAGACAUCUGAUCUGGUCUGAUUCCUGUAGAAAUUUUUGAAAAUGUCCAAAUUCUUCCUUUAUAUUUGUUGUUUAACAUAUUUGCAGACACGACUAGUAUUGUUUAAAUAAGAGAGAACUAUUGUUGUGAGGGUUAAUUAACACACUGCAGAGCGCCUGGUCCUGGGCCUCUUGUUGUUCAGCUCUAGCUUUUCUGAUUCCACCCUGCGUUCUCCAUCCAGUGUUUUCCCCGCAGACCCUCCUGAACUGAAGCAGAUUUUAUUACAUUUUUCCAGAUUAAAGCUGCAGUAGCUGAGAUUUGUUGUUAUAUUAACACUUUCCUCCAUCUCCCUCAUGGGAUCGGAGACUUUUAGGUUGCUGAAAGAUUUCCGCUGUGAGGAACUCAACUGCAAAAGAUCUGGCGGGACAACGUUUGUGUCCGAUAAUUUGUGGGUUUCAUGAACACACAGACGUGUGGACAAGUACAUUUUGAAGCGACGCUGCUCAUUACGUGGCUAGUCCAAACGAAGACGUUGCAGCGCUCGUCCAAAAUCCCGCAGGUCGCUUUGUGUUCCGAGUGAGACUAAAAGAAGCAUCAUGAAAUUCUUGGGCACUUCCUGCUUCUUAAGCCAUCUGCCUAAGCUAUAUAAAAUGCUGUGUGCGUAGGGGUGUGUGUGUGCGUGUGAGAAAGAGUUUUCGUGCUCCUCAAGGACACGUGGUUAAAACCCCUACUGUUCUUCCUUUCCACUUCCCACACACAAUCUGUCAAUCCUUCUUGAAGUCCCACACUCAACAAAUCCAACACACACCCACAAACACGCACACACACUGCUAGACACUCAUUUGAGGUGAACAUGACAAAGGUAGAUCCUCAGUGGCCCCAUAAGGGUUCACUGAUGUCCUCUAGGGGGCUCAUGAUGUAACGCUCUGCAAGUUCCCAUCAAACAUCCACAACCAAGUAGCCAAACGGGCCUCCAGGUGCCACUGUCGCUGUAACUAAAGUGAAUGUCUUGCUGUCUUUUCUCAACGUCUCAGUAGUCACUCUUGCUCUCUUGUUCCUUCUUGAACGAGAAGAAGAUCUGAACUCUUUAGAGAAAUCUGUGCCCAAGUCGCCAUGGAGACAAUUUGUACGGGGGCCACUUAGUUCACGCUGAACACUGUGACCCGAGUGAAAACCUGCUUACUCGAUGUUUCCACCUGAUCAUUUAACCUCCUUCUUACCCUCCAGUAGUCGCUGUGGUUUUGUCUCCCUGCGUUUCCUCUGAUGUUCCUUUUAAUUUAUUGUUCAUUGAUUUCUAAGGUUGUUUUUCUCUUUGUCACUGAUAUAACCUUUUUUUUCUCCUGUCUUCCUCUUUUUGUAAAAGUGACCCUUUUUCUGUUCAGUCACUGCUAAUGUAACAAAAUGCACUGUGAUGAUUCCAGUAUUAAUAAAAGUUGUACUUAAACUGUG